AGGGAAAAGGUUCAAGGCGCGCUUGUGACGUCAUUUCAGCGCGACCCUCUUCUUGGCGUAGAGUCUUCAGAUUGCUCCUGGGAACCAUGCCGAAAGUAGUGUCUCGGUCAGUAGUCUGCUCUGACACUCGGGACCGGGAGGAAUAUGACGACGGCGAGAAGCCCCUCCAUGUUUACUACUGUUUGUGCGGCCAGAUGGUCCUAGUGCUGGACUGCCAGUUAGAGAAAUUGCCCAUGAGGCCCCGGGACCGGUCCCGUGUGAUUGAUGCUGCCAAACAUGCCCAUAAGUUUUGUAACACAGAAGACGAGGAGACUAUGUAUCUGCGGAGACCUGAAGGCAUUGAACGACAGUACAGGAAGAAAUGUGCAAAGUGUGGACUGCCGCUCUUCUACCAAUCCCAGCCGAAGAAUGCUCCCGUUACCUUCAUUGUGGAUGGAGCGGUAGUCAAGUUCGGCCAGGGCUUUGGGAAGACGAACAUAUAUACUCAGAAACAAGAGCCUCCUAAGAAGGUGAUGAUGACCAAACGGACCAAAGACAUGGGCAAGUUCAGUUCUGUCACUGUGUCUACCAUUGAUGAAGAGGAAGAGGAGAUUGAGGCCAGGGAAGUUGCUGACUCAUAUGCACAGAAUGCCAAAGUGAUUGAAAAACAGCUGGAGCGCAAAGGCAUGAGCAAGAGGCGACUGCAAGAGCUGGCUGAACUGGAAGCCAAGAAAGCGAAAAUGAAGGGGACCUUGAUUGACAACCAGUUCAAAUAACCAGGCCUUUUUCUGAGCCCUAGACUGGAGGCAAGCAUUUAGAUCAGGAGGCAAAGUAAUUUCUUGAUUACAUAGAUAGAUGGACUCUUAUUUGUGUCCUAGCAGAAGGCUUUACGUUGUUUCCCAUUGGUUCUCCUACAUUCAGUGAGGUCUUUAACUGAGUCCAUUUGACUUUCUUUCU